CGCGUAGUGCACCGUUUCUGCCGUUUUACUUUGUUUUUUCCUUCGGCGUGUGUUUACUAUGGGUGUCUGCGAUGCACCCAGAAACACACCCAUCACGUUGUUCGUUUCCAAAAAUGUGCCGAUGUAAACCGUGUAAAAGGGCACAACGGUCCUGCCAUGAAGCGCAAAAAGAGCCCACACCUGUCCAACCGAGCCCUAACGCCGUCGUCUGCCGAGGCAAGUGCCACGUCCGCGCUCUCUCUCCCGUCCCUGCAAGCCCAUGGAAGCACGACCCCUUCUCUACGAGUCCACAAUUCCUCCGGCGGAUCUCUUGAUGGCGAGGACACGUUUGGUGACCCAGACAGCGGCAAUGCGGAGGCACCCAUGGCCGCCAUCACCCCUGGGGGCACGGUGUCUGCUUCGGGAGUGCUGGGCGGGAGCAGCUCCUUACUGGCCAACGGCAACAACGAUGGCACCAGCGUGGCUCCGUCUGACGAGACGGACCACCUACUGGCUCACACGCCGGACCUGCAGAAGACGAGGGCGGCCAUCGAGCACGUCAGCCAGAAGAUAGCCCGCACCCGGGAGCUCAUCAAGGCUGAGCAAACGACACGGGACGACAAUGUGAACGAAUACCUCAAGCUGGCCGCCAAUGCCGACCGGCAGCAGAUGCAGCGCAUCAAGAACGUCUUUGAGAAGAAGAACCAGAAGUCGGCCCAGACCAUCGCCCAGCUCCAGAAGAAGCUGGAGAACUACAUUAAGCGCAAGCGCGACCUCGAGACCCACGGGGCCUCAUCCUCCUGGCAGCCCAGGGACGUCCUCCAGAACGUAGGCCAGGGAAUCAGUGGCGUCGUUGGCAACAUCAAGGGGGGCCUCUCGGGGCUGGCAUCCGUCGCCCACUCUUCGACCGACAACAAGUACCCGUCGGACGACGACAGUUCGAGCCUUACCUCCGAGUCGAGCCAGAUGGCGUCGCACCAGGGGAGCACGACGGGCGCCGGCGGGGUCGGCCCCACCGCCAGCCCCAGACACCCGCCCCUGGGCGGCGGAGGCGGCGCAGGAUUGGCUGGUGGCAGUGCCGCGAUGGGCGGGUCCUCGGCGGAGCCCCUCCUCCUGGGCGCCGCGUCAUCCUCUUCGGGGCUAGGGCCCUCCCUGGUGGUGGCGGGGGCCGUCGCAGGGGGAGGGGCGCUGGCCUCCGACGCCGACAUCGAGCCGCUCCUUGUGGAGCUGAACGAGAGGAAGGAUGAAUGCCAGCGGCUGGCCGAGGAGAUCGAGGCUCUCAAGGUGUUCAUUUUUGGAUCGCAUUGCAAGCUGGAAACUUCGAAUCAAAUGCACCACGAGUGCUCGUACUUCAGUCAAGCUUUACAGGAGGAGCGUUACCGGUAUGAGAGGCUAGAAGAGCAGAUGAACGACCUGAUCGAGCUGCACCAGAACGAGAUUGAGAACCUGAAGCAGGGCAUUGCCGACAUGGAGGAAAAGGUGCAGUACCAGAGCGAGGAGCGCCUGCGCGACGUGCAGGAACUGCUCGAGAGCUGCCAGACCAGGAUCAGCCGCAUGGAGCACCAGCAGCACCAGCACCUGCAACAACUGGUGAGCCUGGACGCCCUGGACAACUCGCAGGCCCGGGCCCUGGGCCUCAAGCUGGUCAACGUGCUCCUCAUGCUGCUCCAGCUCGUGCUCCUGCUCAUCUCCACCGUGGCCAACAUCGUCAUGCCCUUCCUGCAGUCCAGGGUGCGCAUCGUGACAACCGGUCUGCUCAUCCUUGUGAUCUGCUCGGCAGUCAAGCAGUGGCAGGAGCUCUCCGCCUGGAUCAGGAUACAGUUUACAGAAAUACUGGAGCGCUGGAAGUGACCGACCUCGUGGGAGCCACCGUUCUUGCCCCGCACAUUACCGGUGAUCUCUCCGGUUCUGGCGAUCAAGACACUUGCAAACGUGUCGCGUUCUGCGCCGCGCGACGACGCUGCGACGUGCGUGCACCAGGACCCGUGUGUCCAUGAGAAGUCGUGAGAAGCCGGCGUCAAGAGGUCGACUGGGAUGUGCAUCGAGACUCGGGACUAAACUUGGCGACAACUUGCCGCAACGGCGCACUGCGCUGCAAGUGCGCGUGCGGCUUCGAAAGAGUCUUUGGUGGCGAGAGCUUUCGUGCGAACAAAGUGCCCAUAAAGUUAUGUGCUUCAGACUCUGAAGCAUUCAAAGCCGCACGCACUUGCGCAUAGUUUCCGGUGCAUUAUUACGGAGAUCUGUCCGCCAGGCGUCGCAGUUUUCCGGUUAAAACACUAAGAACUGAAAGGACAGUCAAGCCUAACCAUCCCCCACAAUUUUUUUUUUUUAUUAUUCUAAUGUUACUUUGUUUCCCGAAAGUGGUUGCACCAUAUUUUUUAGAGUUGCUUCAUGAUCCCCUUCCCUUUUUUUUUUGUUUUGUUCUUCCGUUGUUUUUAAUAUAGCGCUCGUGGGCAAGCCGUUAUUUUUUACAUGGUAUUUUUAAUCUUUCUGUGAUAAACGAAUGUCUUUCGGUGUGAAGUUUCUGGGGGGUGCAGGUUUGGGGGGUUGCGGCCGGGCAGUCUGGUCUGCCCUUGCCGGAUUGAGUGAAACCAAAAAGAGAAAAAGAAAAAUAGAACGGAAGGAACUGGGAGACCUCACCUGCCUUAUUAUUGGAGGAGGCUGUAGAAUAUGUAUAGUGUUUGUAUGUGCGCAUGCUAACCAUGAGACAGCAUUUUUUUUUUUUGUUUUACGGGAUUAUUGAUUUUAUAGGUCGAAGCAUUCCAUGACUGGUGAUUGCAGAAGUUCUGCCGUAGUUUUAUUGCGAGGAAACCUGCAGGAACGCUAGCGAAGCUCUAUGUGCAGUUGUUCGCUUUUCGCACCCGUUGGCGAACAAUCGUCUGGACGAUAAUGACCGAGUACUUGGCCACCUCCGUUUCUUUUUUUAGGUGCCCUUGCAACAACAAUUUUUUUCUUGUAAUUUUUUUUUAUGGAAGUUCUUUUGGGUUCGUGGGAUUAGGUGUCAAAAGUGCAACAACGGUCAUCUAGAACAAGUUUGCGCAGCACUACCGCACCGAGGAUACGAAGAAUCUAUGUGACGAAUGUGGGGAAUCCAUAACGAAAACAUGGGCUAGGUUUGCUGUGUGCUUUUUACCAUAUGAAGUAAACAAGCUUGUUUUCUUUGUUUUACAUGGUCUCUGCCCAUCACAGUUGUCACACUUAGACUAGGUUCGGAAGCAGCUCUGGGGUUCAUGACGAACAACGUAGCUUUUGUUCUGCACACAUUUUAGCCGACGGCACCCUCGAUUUUAUUUUAUUCAAUAGCUAAUCCGCGUGGCACUUAUAUCCUGGAGUCGAUAUGUACGUUCGUUGUUUGUUUAGGAUUCUAUUUUGCUAGAUAAACACCAUGAUCCGUUUUCCUUUUUUUCUUAUAGGAAGGCUACUUCGCCUAAAAAAACAGUCUUCUGAAAUCUAGCAAGUUGUGUAUUGCAACAUAAAGCUUUUCAGCAAAAGGUCGUAAGGCUACAACUACAGAAUGCAAGAUUGAAAGGUGCUGGAUGACCUGUGAAGACAUCAUUCUGAUUACUCGAACUCUGAAAUGAUUACCGAGUCUCCGCAGUAAUAAAUUGAACAUGCGCAAGAACUCUAGCAACAGACGUGUCUUGUGUGAAGAUUCACAUUCGAAACGUGUCAAGCUUGAUUCCGUACUAUUAAUGUGACAUCGUCGUCAGUAACUCUGUGGUUUUGGCUCUGAGCAACCUAGUCUUGUGCAGGAAUAUUUUCGGAAAUAUAACAUAUUAGAGGUAUGGCUUUGGUUGCACAACAGGCGAGUGAGAAAUUCGACUGGAGUGGCUAGAAUUCCUUCAGAGUUAACUUGCUUCCGCACGACGCUAUUGAGCUAGUGCCUGGAUCGGAAAGGCGACAACUUUCUUCAGUCAACGGGUAGGAAUGGACCGUUGUGAAGGUGAACAAAUGGUAGCAACCAUCGAUGCUCUACUGCCCAGCUCUCUUCUAUUUGCUUUUGUUUGUAACAGGAAGCUGGCAAAGAACAAAAUGCGGAGUAUGUGCCAUCGAAGACAAAACAAACUAAAAUGUGUCGACACGUCCGCUCAGCUCGUGUUGCCCGGCAACGACGAGAGGGACGUGUCGCAAAGAAGCGCGUUUGUUUAUUUUGUUGACUGCCAUGCAUCGCUCACAUGGUGCAUGGAACUGCACGGCACAGAAGCCGCGCGCUUUCGAGAAGUGAUACGGUACCAAAUAUGAAAAGGCGACGAGCUGGCUGCACCAAAUGUAUGGCGGAAACAAUCCGUUUUUUUUUUGUUUGUUUUUUUGGUGGGGGCGAAUUUUCCGAGUUACCGUCUUCCCAGUGCAAGCGUUUGUGGCACGCUUACGAGGACGGCGUGUUGCCGUACCUGUAGGGCUUUGCCGGCUGUGAUUAUGUAGACUGUCGUAUUGCGUUCUCGCAUUGCCCCGAGGUCGACCGUACCAACGCCCGAUAACGAAGCCAUAAUGCCAAAUUCCUGGCGACCCCUAAAAAAGGCCAACACAGGGCGUAGAUUGAACACGACUGCCACGUCGGCGUUCUGCCAAGACUCGUGUUCGGCCGGUGAGAACAAGAGUCUUAGCCAAACGCCGAAGCGGCAGUCGCGCCCAAUCUGCGUCUCGCAUUCGCCUUCUUUAACAGACGCCGAAAAUUCGGCGCUAUCGCUUCAUUAUUUAGGAGAUUUGGAUUAUGCCCUCUUUGCCGAUUGUUACUCGGAGUCUCAGAAUCGCCCAGUCCUUCCCGCAUUUGCAACAGCGAGUUGCAAUAUCGUCUCUCGUUGCAACCUCAUUUGUACUAUGCAGACGAAACGAGCUCUCAGUCUUUGUUCCCGUGUCUAGGAGUCGUCCCGACUCCUCGUCGUGCCUGAGCCAACAUCGGCUGCUGAGUGGCUAGACAUCUUGGAAGUGGGGACGGUGACCGAGUUACGGAACCCGGCAACUGUUUAUUUGGCGAGGCGGAGAUCAUUUGUAGCGUCGGGACAAACCACUCGGCUAUUUAUUUGACGGGAUCGUCUCGGAACGUGUGGUUCUGUUGACUUCGCGCUGUUACAGAUGUCUUGUUUUCCGAUGACGGUAAAUAGAGGUAUUAAAGUAUGUACUCCCUCUUGUUC